AUGGGUUGGAUCACUUGUAUCCUCUUCACUCUGCUGGGAGGUAUAAAGCUGAAUGACAGGGAACUGAAAUUUGCCAGGAUAGUGAUGUUUACAGUGGAAGAGGUCAACAGAGAUUCUAAGCUCCUUCCUGGAUUGAGUCUGGGCUACAGGCUGUACAGUGGCUGUGGGGAUGAGAACCUGAUUCGAGCAGCAGUGGAAGCCGUAAACGGAGAGGACUCAAAGGGCUGCACUGAUCAGAUACAGGCUCUCCUGGGCCAUUCCUCCUCCGGUGUGAGCAAAGAUAUAAACAUAAUACUCAGCCCACUAUCCAUUCCACAGGUGAGCCACCUUUCCACUUGUGCUUGCUUGAGUGACAAAAGGCAGUUCCCCACAUUCUUCAGAACUGUGCCCAGUGACCGCUUCCAAGUCAUCGGUCUGGCACAGCUCAUGAAAUACUUUGACUGGCGCUGGGUGGGGAUUAUUUAUUCGAAUGACUUGUACUCAGAAGAAGGUACAACGGCAUUUGCAAAGGAAGCAGAAAAAGAGGGCAUAUGUGUUGAAUACCGGUUACCUUACUCAGAUUCUAAUUUAAGUUUCCGUGCUAUUGUGGAGGCUCUAAGGAAAUCCUCGUCCAAGGUUGUCCUCUUGUUUAUGCCCUUACCUCCCACCAAAUCGUUCUUGUCGGAAAUAGAGAAGUAUAACAUUACUGGAAAGCAAUGGGUUGGCAGUGAGGCUUGGAUCACUCAAACACACCUUGCUUCUGAUGGAAGGAAGAACCUUUUGCAGGGGUCGAUGGGUUUCGCCCUCCCUCAGGCCCCCAUACCAGGUCUUGGUGAAUUCUUACUCAGCUUUAAGCCCUCUGACGAACCACAAAGUGCUAUAGUUAAAGAUUAUUGGGAGUCGUUCUUUGACUGCAGCUUCUCUCCGUCAAACACUUCCGCUACGUGUAGUGGCACAGAAGAUCUCAGCACAGUCUCCAGUGACUUCACAGACGUGACACAUUUUAGGGAAGAGAAUAAUGUGUACAAAGCUGUGUACUUGGUGGCAUAUGCUAUUCACGCACUACUGCAAUGUCACAACGGCUCAAAUCCAACCACUGGAAAGUCCUGCGUGACUAAAGAUCAAGUUCAGCCUAAAUUAGUGUUGGAGCACAUUAAGUUUGUGAACUUCACAACACAGAGUGGGGCCAAGGUUUUCUUUGAUGAAAAUGGAGACUCAGUUGCCCAGUAUGACUUAGUUAACUGGCAAAUAAAAGAUGACGGCUCUGUUGAGAUCGUAAACAUCGGUCAAUUUGACACGUCUCUUCCAGAGGGGGAGAAAUUCCAACUAAAAGACAACACCAGGAUAGUGUGGGGAGGAAACAGUAAGCAGGUGCCGAGGUCUGUUUGCAGAGAGCCAUGUCCCCCAGGGACUCGAAAGGCGAUAAACAAGCAUAAACCUGUGUGCUGCUUUGACUGCUUUGUGUGCCCCGAGGGAACAAUUAGUAAUGAGACAAAUUCUCCGGACUGUUUGAUCUGUCCACCUGAACUUUGGCCGAAUGAAAAGAAAGACCAGUGUCUCUCGAAGCCGACUGAGUACCUCUCCUACAAAGAGAUCAUGGGGGCCCUUUUAACUGGAUUUGGAUGUGUAGGCAUAUUUUUAUCUGUACUGACAUCAAUCAUUUUUCUGACUCAUAAAGAGACUCCCAUUGUUAAAGCCAACAACUCCGAGCUGAGCUUCCUGCUGCUCUUCUCCCUGACUCUGUGCUUCCUGUGCUCCCUCACCUUCAUCGGCCGGCCCUCUGACUGGUCCUGCAUGCUGCGACACACUGCGUUCGGCAUCACCUUCGUCCUCUGCAUCUCUUGUGUCCUGGGGAAAACUAUAGUGGUGUUAAUGGCUUUCAGGGCGACACUUCCAGGCAGAAAUAUGAUGAAAUGGUUCGGUCCUGCACAGCAGAGGCUCAGUGUUCUGAGUUUUACCCUGGUUCAGGUUGUAAUUUGUUUACUUUGGCUCACAACCAACCCUCCAUUUCCAAGGAUGAACAUGAAAUACCAUAAAGAUAAGAUCAUCUUAGAGUGCGCUUUGGGGUCAGCUGUCGGGUUCUGGGCUGUGUUGGGUUACAUCGGACUUCUUGCUCUCUUGUGUUUCAUUCUUGCUUUUUUUGCCAGGAAGCUGCCAAACAGCUUUAAUGAGGCCAAACUGAUCACCUUCAGCAUGUUGAUAUUCUGUGCAGUCUGGAUCACAUUCAUCCCAGCAUAUGUCAGCUCUCCUGGGAAGUUCACUGUGGCUGUGGAGAUAUUUGCUAUUCUGGCCUCCAGCUUUGGCUUGCUGAUAUGCAUUUUCGUACCAAAAUGCUACAUUAUCCUAUUCAGGCCAGAGGAAAACUCAAAGAGACAUUUGAUGGGAAAAAUAGCACCAAGGACACAUUGA